GGUUCCAGGCGCGUCAGGGUCUCAGGUUACCUGGCCGCUCACACCUGACUGCAGCAGCCGCGGCAGCAGCCCCAUGCCACUUGUUCCGCGGGUCUACGAAGCUCCAGGGGCCCAGACUGUUUUCGGGGGUUGGGGUUUUCCUGUUUGCACUGUGACAGAUAGCCUUUGCAUUUGAUGAAUCGACGAUAUGUAAACCAGGAGACGUGUGCAGAGGCGGGUAUCCUAGCAACAAGGACAUGAUGGAUUCUGCCGGUGCGGCGCAGACACACAGGGGUGGUCCCGUGUUUUUCUUUGACCAGCCAACAAGAAGAAAUCAGAUUAAAGGCAACAUUUUACAUUUUAGUUCGACAAGAGGAGGGCCACGGCUGGAAGGCACACCACUAAGGUGGUAAGAUCCUCCCUAUAAUUUUGUUGCUGAGCUCUGUCUAAUAUAACAACCCGUUUUUCCUACAGUCAGCAAGAGGAGGACCAAAAGGGUGAAAGCAAUGAUUCAAGCAACCAGCAACCCUCAUGUGAAGCUUGUGAGGAUGAAGAACCCGAUCCUUCAUCGUCAUCUGUCAGUGCGGUAACAAAGGAUCCAAUGGACGCCUACCGGCGAGCAGCCCCUCACUUAUUAAAGGAAUUGGCUCAUCUACUUUCACAGCAUAAGUGGUCAGAGAAAGACUGCAUCCCCCGCGGCAUUGUCAAUAUCCUGAAUUACUCCUGGCACGAUCUGACUGCGGGGGCGUCGCUCCGCUUGAGGAGCCCAGCGGCGAUGACAGAGGAACAGAGGAGGUCCCUGAAGACGGGGAAAACACCUCGCCAGGUGUCUGCCGGUGCCAAGGAGGAGACAGGAGAGGGGGACCCUUAUAUUGAGAGACAGGUUAAACCAAAUCAGUGUGAAAACAAGAAAAAACAAAGCUGCAGUGGAGCCGCGCGCUCCAGAGCGGUCAGGAUCUCCAUCUCAGCCUGUGGCGGCAGAGACCCAGGUGGGAUCGCUCAGCCAGAGCAGCGCCCCCGUGAAGAGCCUGAACGCAUCAGAGUGAGUCGGUGGGUGGUGGAGCGACUGCGGGAAGCACGAAAUCCUGAAAAUCUGCCACCAUCUGAGCAGGAUCUGAGUAAAGCUGUAAUUCUGCGUCAUUACGGUGACGGAAAGGGGGAUCUUGCUCAGAGAAGAAGAGGGACGUCGCCUCUUCGUCUGGUUAACGGUAUGCCUGUGAUACCAGAAGUGAAGCUGCGCGGUCCAGUCCAGCAGAAGCUGCACUACAGGAUCAACGACGGCUCCUCGUUUAUAUACUACCUGUCAGGCUGCGUGGCGGUGUGCCAGAGCCGCUCAGGUCUGCCUAACGGAGGCUUCUACACCAACGUGUUCAGCGACGGCCAGCGGCCCGUCACUCUAGCCACCAUCACGCCUUUUGGUCACGGGGCUGUUACACACCCUCUCAGCUCCACUAUUACAGCCGUGUGGGACAAGGAGGGUGGAUUCAUGUUGGAUAUUUACGGAAACACAACAAAGGAGUGGAGAUGGCAGACAUUUCACACACUGAGGGGGAAUAUUGUCAUUCAGGUCUCAGACGAGAUCUCGGUGAGGCUCUUCAGUGGGAUGUCGGGAAUGCUCAGGUUCAGAUCUCAAAACGAGAGUGUCCACCUUCCACUGUCUUUUGUCACUAAUAAAAGCCGGUUAAAGAAAAUGCCUUAUCUGCACACAGGGGAAAAUUUCAGCUCCAUUGCUGCUCAGGAGCGUCAUCUGCUAACGGAGCAAACAUGUCGGGUCCCAAAGAGCGAAAGGAGCCUGAGAAAAACACCUAUGGUCAAAGAGGAGCAGCAGCAGGCGGAGCCGUCAGCUCUGUGGAGACGGCGAGGGAUUGCUGCGAGGGCGCUGCAGAGGCUUCAGCAGAGAGCGCGGACCGUGGCGCAGGGCUGGUUGGGAUGUUAUCGCAUCGCCGUCGGGAUCGAGUGUCCUGAAGCGGGGCGACUGCCAGGGGCCCGAGCGUGGAACCGGCCGGGACGAGCGGCGCAGUCGGCUGCUCUGCCCUCCCUGAACUCACCUGAACGGAAAGAGGCUGCACCGCUGCAUGCUGGGAGAAGCAGGGGGGAUGAGCUCAGGAAGGGCCUCUCGGCAUCAGCAGAGAAACCUCAGGAGCGCCUCGUCCAGAUACAGAGGAAACUUAACAAACCAGGCAGAACCGAGUCUCCUGUCAUGCAGAUCGGACCUCUUCGAAUCCACGGCCACAUCCAACCUGAGUCAGUGACUCUCUCGCACAAUCCCCAGUCUGAAGCUGUCCCCUCCAGCUGCGGUGCAGCAGGUAUGGUACCUCUUGCUCCCUCCGUCCCUCUCACCACGUGCCCUGCUCUGCUGAGAGCUGCCCUGCGGGGAGAGGAGCUGCGGAGAAGAAGGUGCUGCUGCAGUGCAACACGGAUGCCGGUGGUCACCGAUCUGGAGUACGACGCCUUCAUUAAGGGCCAACCUCUUGACAGCAAGCAGAUACUGGUGGUGUGUGUUACCCCGCCUCAGCAGCCUGUCGACACGCACACAGCGACCAGGUGGGACGCUUUGGAGGAUCUCUACAGGAGGAGGAACAAGCACAGGACCAUGCCAUGCACCCAGUGCCAGAUGGACUCUUUUCGCCUGGUUGGGUACCAGCUGUCGGCCGGGAUGGCAGGCUCUGGGCCGGGGAGCGUUCUGCUGCAGCGGCGACACAGUGCUGCUCCUGGGAUGUGCUUAAUGUACCUCAAAGGGAAGCUGCUGUUUUCAGGCUUCAUAUUCAGCGGGGACAGCUGCUCUGUCCAGGAUCUUCAGAGGCAAAUCAUCAAGAGCAGGAGAGAUCACCGACUGGGUCUGCGUCUCCCUUCUGACCACAAGUUCAGCGAUGCGGUAAAAACUCCUGCAGCCACAGAAGCCUAAAUGACAUCAGAAGCAGCAGGAUGUGAGACCAAACUGGCUUUUUCUGAGGAAGGAGAAAACAAGAAACGAUGCAACCGUCAUGACUUCAGCCACUCUUCAUUUAAUUUAUUUCGCUGCAUAAAUUAAUGCAACUGAUUAGAUAUUUAUAUACCUUAUCUAAUCUUACCAAAGCAUUUAAAAGGGCUACCAGAUAAAUUUUUUAUGCUUUAAACUGUGAUUACAAUGGCUUUGAUUUCUCAAUCUGUGUAA